CAUCACCAUUUUGGCCAAAACAUGAUGCUCAACGGGAAAGAAAAGCAGCCAGGAUCAGAUGAGAUUGCGUCAAAUCGACAGAUCACCCCAGAACCUGAGAACAACGGCACGAAUGAGAACUCUAGUGGCAAGAUUGACGUCUUGGGAAGUAUAACCGUCGGUAAACGUCCACGCGCAACCGAAGAUCACACGCAAGCCAAAGUGGAGAAACCCAGCACCGCAAUGCAUGAUGCACCAAUUGUAAGUCUGUCAACGGUGAAGGACCAAAAGAGCGAAGAGAUAGGCGGCAGAAGGGACGGUGGAUUGUCGAGCGGCGCAGCAGGUGUCAAGCGCCCUCGUACGUUGGACGAUGACAAAGAGCAUGACAGCGAAGACAUUUCGAGAGGGAGUGGAGCGAGUGUCAAGCGUCCUCGUACACCAGACGAUGAGGAGGAGGUGACGGCCAAUGCACACGUAUCGGACAAGUCUACUACCGAAGGUGGGCGCUCUACUGCUACACCGGAAGGAACCCCUGAGCCCGCAGAGGUGACGACACCAACCCCUAGAGAGAAGGAACCGAAGACUGCGACGAAUCCGUUCCUCAAAGAUACCGGAAAAGACGUUACAUGGGACGACCUGGUUGAGGAGGAGGAUGAAGAUUCUACCCAACCCGCCGCUCCCUCACAACUCGGCACCCCCAUGAAGAUAUCCGGCCCAUCUGCUCAAUCAAGUCCUAUAUUCCCUUCCAGUUUCAGCACCGGUUUUGGCGGAUGGUCGAGCUGGGGACAACCAGGAAAUGGAAAGGCUGAUGGUGGUUCCAUAUCUUCGCCUUCGUUCGGCCUCUCGAGUGCUCCGAAUUCCGCAAUGUCCACUCCUCACAAGUCCAACGUAAACGGCCCUGUUUUCGGCUCUAACCUGUCAGGUUCAGCAUUUGCGUCCUUCGCCGCCUCUCCGUUGACGUUUGCGUCACUUGCAUCCCCCAGUCGGCCAACCGAAUCCAAGGAAAAGGUGUCCGAUGACUCUGGCUCAUCCUUUCCGGAACUAUUAGCUGAAAAGCUUCAAGACGAGGAAAAGAAUUCAUUAGAUCUUAAUGCCCCCUCUCCUCUAAUCAAACCCGUCAAGCAUGAUCUUGCAGAAACGAAAGCUGUUUCUGGAGAAGAGGAUGAGGAAACAAUAUAUCAGACUCGUGGAAAGCUUUUUGUGUGGGACGCGAGUGUCAAGGGCAAAGAAAGAUGGCGAGAGCGUGGGAAGGGAAUGGUAAAGGUCAAUGUCAAAAAUGGCCGUGCUGAGCAAGGACGUCUGGUCAUGCGAUCAGACGGGUCUCUACGAUUGAUUCUUAACACAAAGAUUUUUUCCGAAAUGAAGUGCAAGGUCAUUAGUGAAAAAUAUGUAGAGUUUCUAGGGACCACAGUGGAUCAGCCUGGUCAAAUAGCGAAAUUCUUACUCCAGUUUAAUAAGCGUGAACCGGCAGAUGAACUGAAGGAGGCAAUAGAUCGGGUAUUGGAAGAUGCAGGGGAGGCAUAGUUCAACGCAAGGGCUUUGACAUUUAAUGCAAUGGGACUUCAUGUGAGCUAGGAUUUCAUUACGAGUUCUCCAGCUGUAUUCAAUGGAAACAAUGCACGAACGCGGACAAACAUAAACUCUUCGUAGCCGUGCAUUUUCCAUUAUCUCCG